AUGUGCAGGGCCCCCAUAGUUUUUGUCCCUCUCCCUGGAGACGACGGGUUUGGAGUAGUCACCAGACUCCUCAUCACCUCCUCCAUCACCUCCUCCAUCACCUCCUCAUCACCUCCUCAUCACCUCCUCCAUCACCUCCUCCAUCACCUCCUCAUCACCUCCUCCAUCACCUCCUCCAUCACCUCCUCAUCACCUCCUCCAUCACCUCCUCCAUCACCUCCUCAUCACCUCCUCCAUCACCUCCGCCAUCACCUCCUCCAGCACCUCCUCCAUCACCUCCUCCAUCACCUCCUCAUCACCUCCUCCAUCACCUCCUCCAUCACCUCCUCCAUCACCUCCUCAUCACCUCCUCCAUCACCUCCUCCAUCACCUCCUCCAUCACCUCCUCCAGCACCUCCUCCAUCACCUCCUCCAUCACCUCCUCAUCGCCUCCUCCAUCACCUCCUCAUCACCUCCUCCAUCACCUCCUCAUCACCUCCUCCAUCACCUCCUCAUCACCUCCUCCAUCACCUCCUCAUCACCUCCUCAUCACCUCCUCCAUCACCUCCUCCAUCACCUCCUCCAUCACCUCCGCCAUCACCUCCUCCAGCACCUCCUCCAUCACCUCCUCCAUCACCUCCUCCAUCACCUCCUCCAUCACCUCCUCCAUCACCUCCUUAUCACCUCCUCCAUCACCUCCUCCAUCACCUUCUCAUCACCUCCUCAUCACCUCCUCCAUCACCUCCUCCAUCACCUCCGCCAUCACCUCCUCCAGCACCUCCUCCAUCACCUCCUCCAUCACCUCCUCAUCACCUCCUCCAUCACCUCCUCCAUCACCUCCUCAUCACCUCCUCCAUCACCUCCUCCAUCACCUCCUCCAGCACCUCCUCCAUCACCUCCUCCAUCACCUCCUCCAUCACCUCCUCAUCGCCUCCUCCAUCACCUCCUCAUCACCUCCUCCAUCACCUCCUCAUCACCUCCUCCAUCACCUCCUCAUCACCUCCUCCAUCACCUCCUCCAUCACCUCCGCCAUCACCUCCUCCAGCACCUCCUCCAUCACCUCCUCCAUCACCUCCUCCAUCACCUCCUCCAUCACCUCCUUAUCACCUCCUCCCCUCCUCCAUCACCUCCUCCAUCACCUCCACCAUCACCUCCAUCACCUCCUCAUCACCUCCUCCCUCACCUCCUCAUCACCUCCUCCAUCACCCCCUCCAUCACCUCCGCCAUCACCACCUCCAUCACCUCCUCAUCACCUCCUCCAUCACCUCCUCAUCACCUCCUCCAUCACCUCCUCCAUCACCUCCUCAUCACCUCCUCCAUCACCUCCUCCAUCGCCUCCUCCACCACCUCCUCCAGCACCUCCUCCAUCACCUCCUCAUCACCUCCUCCAUCACCUCCUCCAUCACCUCCGCCAUCACCACCUCCAUCACCUCCUCAUCACCUCCUCCAUCACCUCCUCAUCACCUCCUCCAUCACCUCCUCAUCACCUCCUCCAUCACCUCCUCAUCACCUCCUCCAUCACCUCCUCCAUCACCUCCUCCAUCACCUCCUCAUCACCUCCUCCAUCACCUCCUCAUCACCUCCUCCAUCACCUCCGCCAUCACCUCCUCCAGCACCUCCUCCAUCACCUCCUCCAUCACCUCCUUAUCACCUCCUCCAUCACCUCCAUCACCUCCUCAUCACCUCCUCCAUCACCUCCGCCAUCACCUCCUCCAGCACCUCCUCCAUCACCUCCUCCAUCACCUCCUCAUCACCUCCUCCAUCACCUCCUUCAUCACCUCCUCCAUCACCUCCUCAUCACCUCCUCCAUCACCUCCUCCAUCACCUCCUCCAUCACCUCCUCCAGCACCUCCUCCAUCACCUCCUCCAUCACCUCCUCCAUCACCUCCUCAUCGCCUCCUCCAUCACCUCCUCAUCACCUCCUCAUCACCUCCUCAUCACCUCCUCCAUCACCUCCGCCAUCACCUCCUCCAGCACCUCCUCCAUCACCUCCUCCAUCACCUCCUUAUCACCUCCUCCAUCACCUCCUCCAUCACCUCCUCCAUCACCUCCUUAUCACCUCCUCCCCUCCUCCAUCACCUCCACCAUCACCUCCAUCACCUCCUCCAUCACCUCCUCAUCACCUCCUCCAUCACCCCCUCCAUCACCUCCGCCAUCACCACCUCCAUCACCUCCUCAUCACCUCCUCCAUCACCUCCUCAUCACCUCCUCCAUCACCUCCUCAUCACCUCCUCCAUCACCUCCUCAUCACCUCCUCCAUCACCUCCUCCAUCGCCUCCUCCACCACCUCCUCCAGCCCCUCCUCCAUCACCUCCUCCAUCACCUCCUCAUCACCUCCUCCAUCACCUCCUCCAUCACCUCCGCCAUCACCACCUCCAUCACCUCCUCAUCACCUCCUCCAUCACCUCCUCAUCACCUCCUCCAUCACACCUCCUCAUCACCUCCUCCAUCACCUCCUCAUCACCUCCUCCAUCACCUCCUCCAUCACCUCCUCCAUCACCUCCUCCAUCACCUCCUUAUCACCUCCUCCUUCACCUCCUCCAUCACCUCCUCAUCACCUCCUCCAUCACCUCCUCCAUCACCUCCUCAUCACCUCCUCCAUCACCUCCUCCAUCACCUCCUCCAUCACCUCCGCCAUCACCUCCUCCAGCACCUCCUCCAUCACCUCCUCCAUCACCUCCUUAUCACCUCCUCCCCUCCUCCAUCGCCUCCUCCAUCGCCUCCUCCACCACCUCCUCCAUCAUCUCCUCAUCACCUCCUCCAUCACCUCCUUAUCACCUCCUCCUUCAACUCCUCAUCACCUCCUCCAUCACCUCCUUAUCAUCACCUCCUUAUCACCUCCUCCAUCACCUCCUCAUCACCUCCUCCAUCACCUCCUCCAUCAGCUCCUCAUCACCUCCUCCAUCACCUCCUCCAUCACCUCCUCAUCACCUCCUCCAUCACCUCCUCCAUCCCUCCUCAUCACCUCCUCCAUCACCUCCUCCAUCACCUCCUCAUCACCUCCUCCAUCACCUCCUCCAUCACCUCCCCAUCACCUCCUCAUCACCUCCUCCAUCACCUCCGCCAUCACCUCCUCCAUCACCUCCUCCAUCACCUCCUCCAGCACCUCCUCCAUCACCUCCUCCAUCACCUCCUCAUCGCCUCCUCCAUCACCUCCUCAUCACCUCCUCCAUCACCUCCUCAUCACCUCCUCCAUCACCUCCUCAUCACCUCCUCCAUCACCUCCUCAUCACCUCCUCAUCACCUCCUCCAUCACCUCCUCCAUCACCUCCGCCAUCACCUCCUCCAGCACCUCCUCCAUCACCUCCUCCAUCACCUCCUCCAUCACCUCCUCCAUCACCUCCUCCAUCACCUCCUUAUCACCUCCUCCAUCACCUCCUCCAUCACCUUCUCAUCACCUCCUCAUCACCUCCUGCAUCACCUCCUCCAUCACCUCCGCCAUCACCUCCUCCAGCACCUCCUCCAUCACCUCCUCAUCACCUCCUCCAUCACCUCCUCCAUCACCUCCUCAUCACCUCCUCCAUCACCUCCAUCACCUCCUCCAUCACCUCCUCCAGCACCUCCUCCAUCACCUCCUCCAUCACCUCCUCCAUCACCUCCUCAUCGCCUCCUCCAUCACCUCCUCAUCACCUCCUCCAUCACCCUCCUCCAUCACCUCCUCAUCACCUCCUCCAUCACCUCCUCAUCACCUCCUCCAUCACCUCCUCCAUCACCUCCGCCAUCACCUCCUCCAGCACCUCCUCCAUCACCUCCUCCAUCACCUCCUUAUCACCUCCUCCAUCACCUCCUCCAUCACCUCCUUAUCACCUCCUCCCCUCCUCCAUCACCUCCUCCAUCACCUCCACCAUCACCUCCAUCACCUCCUCAUCACCUCCUCCAUCACCUCCUCAUCACCUCCUCCAUCACCCCCUCCAUCACCUCCGCCAUCACCACCUCCAUCACCAUCCUCAUCACCUCCUCCAUCACCUCCUCAUCACCUCCUCCAUCACCUCCUCCAUCACCUCCUCAUCACCUCCUCCAUCACCUCCUCCAUCACCUCCUCCAUCGCCUCCUCCACCACCUCCUCCAGCACCUCCUCCAUCACCUCCUCAUCACCUCCUCCAUCACCUCCUCCAUCACCUCCGCCAUCACCACCUCCAUCACCUCCUCCAUCACCUCCUCAUCACCUCCUCCAUCACCUCCUCAUCACCUCCUCCAUCACCUCCUCAUCACCUCCUCCAUCACCUCCUUAUCGCCUCCUCCAUCACCUCCUCAUCACCUCCUCCAUCACCUCCUCCAUCACCUCCUCAUCACCUCCUCCAUCACCUCCUCCAUCACCUCCGCCAUCACCUCCUCCAGCACCUCCUCCAUCACCUCCUCCAUCACCUCCUUAUCACCUCCUCCAUCACCUCCUCCAUCACCUCCUCAUCACCUCCUCCAUCACCUCCGCCAUCACCUCCUCCAGCACCUCCUCCAUCACCUCCUCCAUCACCUCCUCAUCACCUCCUCCAUCACCUCCUCUCACCUCCUCAUCACCUCCUCCAUCACCUCCUCAUCACCUCCUCCAUCACCUCCUCCAUCACCUCCUCCACCUCCAUCACCUCCUCCAUCACCUCCCCAUCACCUCCUCCAUCACCUCCUCAUCGCCUCCUCCAUCACCUCCUCAUCACCUCCUCCAUCACCUCCUCAUCACCUCCUCAUCACCUCCUCCAUCACCUCCGCCAUCACCUCCUCCAUCACCUCCUCCAUCACCUCCGCCAUCACCUCCAUCACCUCCAUCACCUCCUCCAUCACCUCCUCCAUCACCUCCUCCCCUCCUCCAUCACCUCCACCAUCACCUCCAUCACCUCCUCAUCACCUCCUCCAUCACCCCCUCCAUCACCUCCGCCAUCACCACCUCCAUCACCUCCUCAUCACCUCCUCCAUCACCUCCUCAUCACCUCCUCCAUCACCUCCUCAUCACCUCCUCCAUCACCUCCUCAUCACCUCCUCCAUCACCUCCUCCAUCGCCUCCUCCACCACCUCCUCCAGCACCUCCUCCAUCACCUCCUCCAUCACCUCCUCAUCACCUCCUCCAUCACCUCCUCCAUCACCUCCGCCAUCACCACCUCCAUCACCUCCUCAUCACCUCCUCCAUCACCUCCUCAUCACCUCCUCCAUCACCUCCUCAUCACCUCCUCCAUCACCUCCUCAUCACCUCCUCCAUCACCUCCUCCAUCACCUCCUCCAUCACCUCCUUAUCACCUCCUCCUUCACCUCCUCCAUCACCUCCUCAUCACCUCCUCCAUCACCUCCUCCAUCACCUCCUCAUCACCUCCUCCAUCACCUCCUCCAUCACCUCCUCCAUCACCUCCGCCAUCACCUCCUCCAGCAACCUCCUCCAUCACCUCCUCCAUCACCUCCUCCAUCACCUCCUUAUCACCUCCUCCAUCACCUCCUCCAUCACCUCCUUAUCACCUCCUCCCCUCCUCCAUCGCCUCCUCCAUCGCCUCCUCCACCACCUCCUCCAUCACCUCCUCAUCACCUCCUCCAUCACCUCCUUAUCACCUCCUCCUUCAACUCCUCAUCACCUCCUCCAUCACCUCCUUAUCAUCACCUCCUUAUCACCUCCUCCAUCACCUCCUCAUCACCUCCUCCAUCACCUCCUCCAUCACUCCUCCAUCACCUCCUCCAUCACCUCCUUAUCACCUCCUCCCCUCCUCCAUCACCUCCGCCAUCACCACCUCCAUCACCUCCUCAUCACCUCCUCCAUCACCUCCCCAUCACCUGCUCCAUCACCUCCUCCACCACCUCCUCCAUCACCUCCUCCAUCACCUCCUCAUCACCUCCUCCAUCACCUCCUCCAUCACCUCCUCAAUCACCUGCUCCAUCACCUCCUCAUCACCUCCUCCAUCACCUGCUCCAUCACCUCCUUAUCACCUCCUCCAUCACCUCCUCAUCACCUCCUCCAUCACCUCCUCCAUCACCUCCUCCAUCACCUCCUUAUCACCUCCUCCCCUCCUCCAUCACCUCCGCCAUCACCACCUCCAUCACCUCCUCAUCACCUCCUCCAUCACCUCCCCAUCACCUGCUCCAUCACCUGCUCCAUCACCUCCUCCAUCACCUCCUCAUCACCUCCUCCAUCACCACCUCCAUCACCUCCUCAAUCACCUCCUCCAUCACCUGCUCCAUCACCUUCCCAUCACCUCCUCCAUCACCUCCUCCAUCACCUCCUCAAUCACCUCCUCCACCGCCUCCUCCAUCGCCUCCUCCAUCACCUCCUCCAGCACCUCCUCCAUCACCUCCUUAUCACCUCCUCCAUCACCUUAUCACCUCCUCCUUCACCUCCUCAUCACCUCCUCCAUCACCUCCUCCAUCACCUCCUCCAUCACCUCCUUAUCACCUCCUCCCCUCCUCCAUCGCCUCCUCCAUCGCCUCCUCCACCACCUCCUCCAUCACCUCCUCCAUCACCUCCUUAUCACCUCCUCCCCUCCUCCAUCGCCUCCUCCAUCGCCUCCUCCACCACCUCCUCCAUCACCUCCUCAUCACCUCCUCCAUCACCUCCUUAUCACCUCCUCCUUCAACUCCUCAUCACCUCCUCCAUCACCUCCUUAUCACCUCCUUAUCACCUCCUCCAUCACCUCCUCAUCACCUCCUCCAUCACCUCCUCCAUCACCUCCUCCAUCACCUCCUUAUCACCUCCUCCCCUCCUCCAUCACCUCCGCCAUCACCACCUCCAUCACCUCCUCAUCACCUCCUCCAUCACCUCCCCAUCACCUGCUCCAUCACCUGCUCCAUCACCUCCUCCACCACCUCCUCCAUCACCUCCUCCAUCACCUCCUCAUCACCUCCUCCAUCACCUCCUCAAUCACCUGCUCCAUCACCUCCUCAUCACCUCCUCCAUCACCUGCUCCAUCACCUCCUUAUCACCUCCUCCAUCACCUCCUCAUCACCUCCUCCAUCACCUCCUCCAUCACCUCCUCCAUCACCUCCUUAUCACCUCCUCCCCUCCUCCAUCACCUCCGCCAUCACCACCUCCAUCACCUCCUCAUCACCUCCUCCAUCACCUCCCCAUCACCUGCUCCAUCACCUGCUCCAUCACCUCCUCCACCACCUCCUCCAUCACCUCCUCCAUCACCUCCUCCAUCACCUCCUUAUCACCUCCUCCAUCACCACCUCCAUCACCUCCUCCAUCACCUGCUCCAUCACCUCCUCAUCACCUCCUCCAUCACCUCCUCCAUCACCUCCUCAAUCACCUCCUCCACCACCUCCUCCAUCACCUCCUCCAUCACCUCCUCCAUCACCUCCUCAUCACCUCCUCCAUCACCACCUCCAUCACCUCCUCAAUCACCUCCUCCAUCACCUGCUCCAUCACCUCCUCAUCACCUCCUCCAUCACCUCCUCCAUCACCUCCUCAUCACCUCCUCCACCACCUCCUCCACCGCCUCCUCCAUCGCCUCCUCCAUCACCUCCUCCAGCACCUCCUCCAUCACCUCCUUAUCACCUCCUCCUUCACCUCCUCCAUCACCUUAUCACCUCCUCCUUCACCUCCUCAUCACCUCCUCCAUCACCUCCUCCAUCACCUCCUCAUCACCUCCUCCAUCACCUCCUUAUCACCUCCUCCUUCACCUCCUUAUCACCUCCUCCAUCACCUCCUCAUCACCUCCUCCAUCACCUCCUCCAUCACCUCCUCCAUCACCUCCUCCAUCACCUCCUCCAUCACUUCCUCCAUCACCUCCUCCAUCACCUCCUCAUCACCUCCUCAUCACCUCCUCCAGCACCUCCUCCAUCACCGUGUGGUUCGCUGGAGCCACAAGACUGAGUGACAGAGCAGCGCUGGGACAGAAGGGUUGGGGGAACACUCUGGGGUCUUCAGUUGUGACGACACAAGGCGGCGGGUGCGUGGUGGCGGCGGGUGCGUGGUGGCGGCGGGUGCGUGGUGGCGGCGGGUGCGUGGUGGCGGCGGGUGCGUGGAGGCGGCGGGUGCGUGGUGGCGGCGGGUGCGUGGUGGCGGCGGGUGCGUGGUGGCGGCGGGUGCGUGGUGGCGGCGGGUGCGUGGUGGCGGCGGGUGCGUGGAGGCGGCGGGUGCGUGGUGGCGGCGGGUGCGUGGUGGCGGCGGGUGCGUGGAGGCGGCGGGUGCGUGGUGGCGGCGGGUGCGUGGUGGCGGCGGGUGCGUGGUGGCGGCGGGUGCGUGGUGGCGGCGGGUGCGUGGUGGCGGCGGGUGCGUGA